AAACCAGACGGACACCUAUAAAUAUUGCCCUGGUCCUGAAGGAAGCGGUUAGAAGAGGCUGCUAGUAGUGUGGAGACAAAUAGGAGCCAUGACGGUGGUUAUCGGUUUUGAGGGCAGCGCCAAUAAGAUCGGCAUCGGGAUCGUAAGGGACGGGGAAGUGUUGUCAAACCCUAGGCGCACCUAUAUUACGCCACCUGGCCAAGGUUUCCUACCGAGAGAAACAGCCAAACACCAUCGUGGUGUUAUCCUAACUGUCCUCCGAGAAGCACUAGAUGAAGCUGGAUUAAAACCUGCAGAUAUUGACUGUGUAGCGUACACCAAAGGGCCGGGGAUGGGCGCCCCUCUGCUCACUGUGGCUUUGGUGGCCAGGACAGUUGCACAGCUUUGGGGAAAGCCGUUAGUGGGAGUGAAUCACUGCAUCGGGCACAUUGAAAUGGGCCGCCUGAUCACGGGUGCUAACAACCCCACUGUACUGUAUGUCAGUGGUGGUAAUACUCAGGUGAUCGCUUACUCUGAAAGACGAUACAGAAUUUUUGGAGAAACAAUAGACAUUGCUGUGGGAAACUGCUUGGAUCGGUUUGCCAGAGUCAUCAAGAUAUCAAAUGACCCCAGUCCUGGCUACAACAUUGAACAAAUGGCAAAGAAGGGCAAGCAGUACAUAGAGCUUCCAUACACAGUGAAGGGAAUGGACGUUUCUUUCUCUGGGAUUUUAUCAUACAUCGAGGAGAUGGCACACAAGAUGUUGAGUUCUGGGCAGUGCACAGCAGAGGACCUGUGCUUUUCCCUUCAGGAGACACUCUUCUCUAUGCUGGUGGAGAUCACGGAACGUGCCAUGGCUCACUGUGGCUCCCAAGAGGUCCUUAUCGUGGGAGGAGUAGGCUGUAACCUCCGUCUGCAGGAGAUGAUGGGCGUCAUGUGUGAGGAGAGAGGAGCUCAUCUCUUCGCCACGGACGAGAGGUUCUGCAUUGACAACGGAGCAAUGAUCGCACAAGCGGGCUGGGAAAUGUUCCGCAUGGGUCAGGUGACAGAGCUGUCCGAUUCCUGGAUCACACAAAGGUAUAGGACAGAUGAAGUAGAAGUUACUUGGAGAGAUUAAGCCAUGUGUCUAUUUUGGCGUCAGAGAGAGAAGGUUUCACUUCAAUUCUUUCACCUCCCACUUCUUUAACUGCCACAUAACUGCUGUAAAAUAAUUGAAACAUUGAUAACACAUCAGUUUGUCACAGGAUUGUUUUGUUGUGUAUUGGUUUAAAUCAUCAGCUGCAAAAAUGCCGAUCUUUAAUGCUGUUAUUUGCACGUGGGGAUGAGCAGUAGAACAAUGUAGUGUCUCAAUACUACUGUUUCCCAUCCCCCCACCCCCCAAAGCUGAAAUCUUUUCAAAUCUGGUACAAGUGCGGCUUUUUUUCUCUCUCGUUCUGUUGAAUGCAGGUGAAAUGUACCUGUUUAUAUGUCUGGUUCUGGGGACAAAAUGUUUGCGUGGUUAUUCAGUCCUUCCACGAUUUUUGCGAUCGCAGAAAUGAACGCAACUCCGCAAUAUUCAGAGGAGCUUGCAAUUUUUCUGCAGAUUUGGGCUGAGACGCGUCAUGUGACACCAUCACGACACGCAUUCAGCCAAACCUCUCUUCGAUUCACGUGUCGAACAUGAGUACAACAAAAAGCACUCAUUUACCAACAUCACUGUGAAAGCAAUUUUGCCAAUUUAAGUAGAUUUCUGCAAAAAAAAAAAAAAACCUGUAACAAAAUCAAGCGUUUUUGGCCACAACAAUAAUAAUAAUACUAAAAAAACUGUACAAAAACUUGUAAGGACUGAUUAUUUAGCUUAAUCUCGCAAACUUUUAAUUGAAGUCAGAUUAUUAUAAGAAACUUUUCGAAUAAAAAAAGGAAAACA